CGUAUGUCUGUUCAUUGUGGUUUGUGGUGCAGCUGGAUUCAGGCUACGGCGAAGCCAAAUAAUGCAACAUCAAGCUUACCAACCUGUUUUGCCCUGUGUUAAUAAAUAUCUGCAAUACAGAUGGGACAAAAACUGCUAUGAGAUGCACAGGAGCAAGGUUAAAUCCGCAAAACCAACUAUCAACACUACUCCCCCGAAAACCUAUGGCCAUCUACUUGUCAAGUUUAAGAAAAGACAGCUCGAAGAAGAACGGGUUUCGAGAAUCGAAAGAGACAAUCAGAUGCUUCUAGAUAAAAUGUCCCAUAUAAUGCAGACCAACGGGGGAGUUGACUGUAGAAAUGACUAUGUAAAGAAAAGUCUUGGCACAGAAAAAAGACAGCUGGAGCUGCUUCGCAUUGCCAAAGAGAAUGAGUGGAUCCUCCAGCGUUUGUCCAGCUGCAGGCCGCGGUACAGCGUUCACGUGUGGCACGAGCAGUGGCUCAAAAACCUGGAGCUCAUGGAGAAUAUAGGGAGAUAUCCGCGUCUGUACACAGCACAGAGAUCCCCCUUGCCACCCAUUUCAGCAGACAGAUGGGAAGGUAGAGAACAAGAAAUAUGCAAAAAAUGAGGAUGAACGGUCUGCUAACACAAGGAAUGAGAGGAAGGAAAAUGAUAAGAAGACGAAAGUUACAUCUGAAGACGAAGCGUAAUUCGUGCAAGACAGAGUUUACAUUUUAAAUACUUAAUUCGUAAAGAUGUUUUCUAUAUGUAUAGAAGACUAGAAUUAAAUAUUCUUAUUAAAUGAAGUGAUGCUACUACUGCUUUGGACAAGUUUAAUGAUUUUGCUAAUAAAAUAUCAAUCAUAACCACUAGGGGUCACUGUCAAUGUUCUUGAUAUGGUUAUUUUUUUUUCUUAUUUGAUCAUUUAUCUUUUUUAUUCUUAAUUGUGUGUUGUAUACUGGCUCUAUGCGAUAUACACAUCACCUGUACAAAUUAUAAAUCUAAAUAAAACUAUUGUCUGACAUAUGACCAGAUAUAAACAUAGGCUAUGACUCCUGAAAGUGAACAAACAAAUAAAACAUGAGAUUUUGACAUUUUA